AUGCCGGUCUUCAACUCCAGCACAACUUCCCCGCAAAGGUUGCCGCAUUUUUUCAACGUGGACAAUGACUUACUCAUUAUUUGGAGUUUCGUCCCGGAUAGUGUCGAGGGCUGCUCGGUCAUGUCCGCAGCCGUCACGGCUUCCGAGGGCAUGGCGCCAAUACUCCCAUAUUGCACGCAGAUUCUGGGAGACUUGGGCGCCGAGGUGAUCAAAGUCGAACAUCCCGUCCGCGGUGAUGAUACGCGCGCAUGGGGGCCUCCGUAUGCGACCUACAAAUCCGGCUCAUCGAAAGAAGGUCCCGGUGAAUCGGCCUAUUUCUUAGCAGUGAAUCGCAACAAGAAGUCGCUGGGCCUCAACUUCCAACACCCAGACGGCACCGAAAUCCUCCACAAGCUCGUCUCAAAAUGCGACAUCCUGGUCGAGAACUAUCUGCCGGGUACUCUCAAGAAGUACAAGAUGGACUACGAAACCCUACGCACCAUCAACCCGGGUCUCAUCUACGCCUCCAUCACGGGCUACGGCCAGACGGGGCCCUAUUCGGACCGCGCAGGCUACGACGUCAUGGUCGAGGCCGAAUUCGGUCUGAUGCACAUCACAGGCAGCCGCGACGGAGAGCCUGUGAAAGUCGGCGUGGCCGUGACGGACUUGACGACGGGUCUUUACACGAGCAACAGCAUCAUGGCGGCCCUGCUCGCGCGGGCGAGGACGGGAAGGGGACAGCAUAUUGAUGUAGCCUUGAGCGAUUGCCAGACGGCGACGCUGGCCAACAUUGCUAGCAGUUGCUUAAUCAGUGGCAAGAAGGACUCUGGACGCUGGGGCACCGCGCAUCCGUCAAUCGUUCCCUACAAGUCCUUCGAGACGAAAGACGGAGACAUCCUCUUUGGCGGCGGCAACGACCGCCUCUACGGCAUCCUCUGCGAAGGGCUCGGCAAACCAGAAUGGAAAGACGAUGCAAAGUACAAGACCAACGCGCAGCGCGUCGCCAACAGGGUCGAGCUCGAGCGCCUGAUUGAGGAGAUCACCGUGACUAGGACCACGGGGGAGUGGCUGGCCGUCUUUGAGGGCCGGGGCAUGCCGUACGCGGCUGUGAAUGAUGUGCAGGGUACGCUGGAGCACGAGCACACCAAGGCGCGCAACAUGGUUGUUGAGAUGGAGCAUGACGAGUGUGGGCCGAUUAGGAUGGUGAACACGCCUGUCAAGUACUCGGAGAGCGAGCCGACGAUCCGGACGGUGCCGCCUAUGCUGGGGCAGCAUACGGAUGAGGUUUUGGGGGAGCACCUUGGGUUCUCGGAGGACCGUAUCCGAUCUCUCAAGGGUGAGGGUGUGAUUGGUUAG